AUGGCCGAGGAACAGGACCCACCGACGCAGAGGUUCAACACUCGGCCGGAGUCUACCAUUGCGCAAAACUUUGCUAGUGACUUGGAUGCCAUGUUCGGUUUGGACUCGGGCGGUGUGGACGACUUGUCCCGGACAGUAGAGGAGAAGAAACAAACGGUGACGACGGGCGAACAGCAACUGCAAGAGCUGGAAGCCAAGCUACGCGAGACCGAAGAGCGACUGGCCCGAGUGUCGCGACACAAUUCCCCCUCGCGACACGCCUUACCGACCGCCAACGCAGACAACGACCAAGCUGGCGAUGGAGCCCCACGGCCCAGUCCUCUUGCGCAAAAGCCCACCUAUCCCGCAGAUCGACCACCGACCGCGGGCGACAGGCCACAAUCCGGCAGAGCAGACACACAGACGAUGAUGGCAGGCGUGCCAGGCGCAAUGCCACCACAUACCCCACAGCCAAAUGGCGGCAGCCACGACUCGUAUGUUAUGGUAGAUAGGAGCGCCGCGCAGGCUCAGCGAAGCUACGGCUAG